AUGAGUACCGUUUUGUCUGCUGCUGGGGCGCUGCUCUGGAUGACGCACACUUUGUUAAAGGAACACGAAUGGGUAAAUCAUGAUCUCAAAAGUGAUACAAGUUCCUGUGACGUCGUUCUUGAAAGCUUCGCGGGUGACGUUAAUCUGCUGCCGGUUCAAUGCUACCAAUUGCCACAAAUGGGCGAAGGAGACGUAAAAGUCCACGUACGCGCACUGCUGGUGGCCAACAAACUGUUUGUAUACUUUGUGUCAAUCGACAAAACCAUCCGGUUGAGUCUCAAAGUUUCCGAGUUUGUGAAACCUCGUCGGCUGCAAACGCAACAAGAAAAGGGUCGUGUAGUAUACACUGAUCAAUGGCGAUGCAACCUGGAGAUUCUUGGCUGGAGACUUCAGCGUAAUUUGUUUCCCAAAUUUAUAGGUAAAACCAGUGUGGUGCCUUCAGAUGCGGAGCUAAGUCGCCUCCCCGAGUCGCUACUUGUGCGAGUUGAAGGAUUUUUGACAGUCUCCGAAUUCUGCCGAGUCACUCAGACAUGCAAGUAUCUGCAUUUACUGAAUGACUCAACCGAGCUGUGGCAUCAACUACUACUGCGUGACUACCGCGUGCAGCAAUCUGGUAACAAUUCAAAAGGCCAAUAUAUCUCGCAUUGGAAUUAUGAGAAGGGAAUGGAUACAUGGAAUCGACGUGUUCGUGAACGCCGGUUUUGCGGAUAUGUGCCUCGCCGGCAGUUACAAUGGCACUGGCAGAGUGGUAGACGACUACCGACACCCCCUCUACACCUCCCGAUGCCUCCUCCAUUCGUGCCACUCAGCAACGAUUCAUGGUCACUGCGAUCAUCUCGUCGACCUUACCUGAUUGGCGAUGAUGAUCUCGAAAUGCCGUUUGCAUUCUGUUUCGACCCACCGUAUCCGUAUUUCUAUUAA